AUGUUGACUAUCGGUCAGAUCGUUGUUAUUACAACCGCUUUCAUGCAGACAGUAUCCGCCAGAGACGAAUACAAGAACCUUAUCCCAAACGGACCCGCUAUGGGGAUGCCGUUGGGCCACGAGGGUAAAGGUUACACUUUAUUUGGUUCGUUUUUUUCAAAAUCGGGCAAAGAGUGGUCCAAAGUCUGCAAUCAGCCAUGGCCCGGCGGCUCAGUUACUUGUGGCGCGGCGCUCGGUGACCCGUGCUGCACUUGGAAGUCCGGUGAUCCAGAUUUUAAGCUGAGCGAGCCUAAUCUAGAGGCUGCUCCUUGUGCUAGUGGUUCUCAAGCAGGCGGAAGUGGCUCAGGUAGUGCGCCAUAUUCUGAAACCCCCGGAGCAGAGACCCCUGGAGCAGAGACCCCUGGAGCUGAGACCCCAAUACCAAUGGAAGAAUCCCCUGUACAAAUGGACCCUACAACAGUGGUCGAUACACCCAUUGUGACCGACUCUUCCGAGUACUGCGAGUAA